UUAAAAGAGAGAAAAAUACUAAGUUUUUAAACAUAUAAUAAAUGUAUCAAUUGUGAAGUUAAAAAAAUAUAUAUAAAUUUUACUAAAGAAAAAAAAAGUGAGACAAAACAUUGAAGGAUUAAUGAAAGUGAAGUGAAAAUUGGAAGAAAAAAAAUUGAGAAAUUAGUGACAAAAGAACAAUUUUUCAAAAGUUUUGAAAAAAUAUAUAUUUGGAUUAUUAAAAUAUGCCUACAUCUAUAAUGCAAAAAAAUUAUAGCCACUGCCCGCUCAAAAAGCGACCCGUCUUUAUUGUUAAAGAAGAAUCGGAUUCUGAAAUGGAGCCUGAAAACUUAAGUACAAAACCUGAAGAUUUAUUAUUACGUACUGAAAAACUUCAAGCACAAUCACUUAAAAUGGAAAACGAAACUAAUAAAAUAAUUGAUGAAAUCAGACUUGCAUCACCAAAUUCAAAGCCAGUUUACGAAUAUCCAAAAUCUCCUGUUAAUCUUCAACAAAUUCAAUCAAAAAUUUCUUCACCUGCGUCUUCUCCAGUAUCGCCAAUAGAACCAUUGAACUUUUCAAACUCAUCAUCAUGGCAUAAACCAGAAGAAUCACCAAAUCCCUAUCAUCAACACAGUUACAUCAAUUUUUCUGGAUUCCCAUACCCUACACAAGAGCACUAUAGCCAUCUAUAUCAUCAUCAAAUUUCACCAGUUAGAGAUGCUUCAUUAUCUCCACCCUCUUAUAUUUCAUCUAGGAAUAUUAGAGAUUCAUCUGUUUCACCACCAGCACCAGUUUUUAUUCAACCAUAUGCCACAUCAGAUUUUCGCCGUAAUAUUAAAUCAGAAAAUUAUAGUCAACACCGUUACAUGCCAUAUCAAUUAAAUCACCAUCAUCAUCAUCAUCACAAUUUAUUGCCAGUCGAUCAAUCUUCAUUAUCACCAACGUCAAGCCAUGCAUCUUACAAUUCUUUUGCAUCAUCUUCAAAUGCAUCAAUGCGCUCUAUUUCACCUCCGACUACACCAUCUGAAGAUAUCCCAACAAAUUAUUCGAUUUCUGUACUUAUGGAAAAAUCUAGCUCCAAUUCAAACAUUCAAAAAAUCACCAAAACUGAAAAGACAGAAAAAUCCACAAUGCCACCUCGAUAUCAAUGUCCUGAUUGUGGAAAAUCGUAUUCAACAUUUUCCGGGCUUUCAAAACAUCAGCAGUUUCACUGUGCAGCAAAUGAAAAUAAUCAGGCACAAAAAACUGUAACAUGUAAUGAAUGUGGUAAAGUUUAUGCAUCGACUGGUGCAUUGAAAAUGCAUAUUAGAACUCAUACUUUACCCUGCAAAUGCCAUUUAUGUGGAAAAGCUUUUUCAAGACCGUGGCUAUUACAAGGACAUAUUCGUACCCAUACAGGCGAAAAACCCUUCAGAUGUAACUAUUGUGCACGAGCAUUUGCUGAUCGUUCUAAUCUUCGAGCACAUCUUCAAACACAUUCAGAUGUUAAAAAAUAUUCCUGUACGACAUGUAGUAAAACAUUCUCAAGAAUGUCUUUAUUAACUAAACAUAAUGACAGCGGAUGUCCUGGACUUCAAAUGCAGCAAAAUGAUAGCUUUUCAAAUCAAAUUGUGCCUAAUACAAAUAUUCAAGUGUACUAAAUGUAAAAAAAUACAGAAUAAUGAAUUUUUGUGCCUUUAGCAGUGACCAUAAAAUUUAAAAAAAAACUUAUUAAAAGACUGAUAUAUUAUUCCACCGUAUUACUAUUAAAUAUCAUAAAACUAUGAUAAGCGAAUGAAUAAUUUAAAAAAAAAAAAACAGAUAAAGUUAAAGAUUCACAAUGAAACAAACGUUCCAAACGUGCUGCUACAAAAGUUGCUAAAAUUACCAAAUUAAUGUUUAAAAGACUUUUUAAAAAGUCCUUAAUGCAAAUGUUCUUCUAAUAUUUGCUCAUGAAGAUUUUUAAGCGUGUUUCUAAUAGUUCAUUAAGUAAUUUAUUUUUUAAUUUGUUUUUAAUAUUUAAGAUAAGUGGAAGACAUUAAAUAAUAGUGGUUAUAGCUAGUCAGUACUAUAAAAAAUAUAAGAUCAAAUACUAAAAAUAAGUCAAAUGAUGAUAGAAAGAUCUCAUAGUUUCCAAUUAACACUUUCAAGCAGAGUGCCUUAGUACAUCAGAAUAUAUUUUAAUACUUGUAAUAAAUUAGGAAACUUUCAUCACUGCCAUUGUAAAUAUAACUUUUUUUCUAGUAAAGAAAAAAGUGUUCAUAGGAAUCAUAAGAGUUAAAAACAUAUAUUUUUGUUUGCUUAGUUUUAACAUUUUAUAUAAAUGCAAAAAAAC